AUGGAACCAAUCACGGACCACAUGCGCAACGUGUCUCUCAACCACCGACCUUCUCAACCGACGGCGAUGGCUGCUAACUCGACGGAUACUACUGCUGCUGCUGCGGCGGCAGCCACGACCACCGGUGACGACGGUGCAUUGGCGGGCGGGGGCGCGGUGGCGAGCGCCGUGAAGGGGGCCGCUGGGAAGGGGAAGGUAGCCACCAGCGACACAACAGGAGCCAUGGAUGUCGAGGAGGGCCACCGCGGUGCGGCUGCUGGCGUAGGUUCGGCCCGAGGUGCGGCCGCGGCCGCGAGAGGGGGGGGCUCUGACUUGGGCAACGGCGGCGAGCAGCGAAGCGGGACCUCGAGGGAGCGAGCAGAGUCGUCGUCUUCGCGCGGAAGGGAGCGUAGGAGCCGGUCGAGUGCUUCCAACCAUCCAGAUCAGGCGGGUACGGUGAGCUACAACGCGGAGCACAUUAUCGGGAACGGGUCCUUCGGCGUGGUAUUCCAGGCGGUGGUGGUGGAGACGGGAGAGGUGGUCGCCAUCAAGAAGGUGCUGCAGGACAAGCGCUUCAAGAACCGGGAGCUCCAGAUGAUGCGCAUGCUGGCGAAGAAGGACCACCCGAACAUCGUGUCCCUCAAGCACUGUUUUUACUCCAAUGGGGACAAGACGGACGAGAUUUACCUUAACCUGGUCCUGGAGUUCGUGCCGGAGACGGUGUACAGCGUGGCGAGGCAGUACCACAAGAGCAAGCAGACGCUGCCGGUUCUCCUCGUGAAGCUCUACCUCUACCAGCUGGCCAGGGCCCUAGCGCACAUCCACGCCCUCGGGAUCUGCCAUCGCGACAUCAAGCCGCAGAAUCUGCUGCUCGAUCCGCAGACACACGUGCUCAAGUUGUGCGACUUCGGCAGCGCUAAGAUUCUCGUCCGAGGGGAGCCCAACGUGUCGUACAUCUGCAGCAGGGAGCCGAAGGAAAUCAUGGUGCUGGGGACACCGACGCGAGAAGAGAUCCGGGCGAUGAACUACAACUACUCGGAGUUCAAGUUCCCGCAGAUCAAGGCGCAUCCGUGGAAGGGCGUGUUUAGAUCCAGGACCCCUCCCGAGGCGCUGGAUGUGGUUAGCAAGAUGCUGGCGUACGAUCCGUUAAAGCGGGUCAAGCCGCUGGAGGUCUGCAGCCACGAGUUCGUUGACGAGCUGCGCCAAGAGGGAGUCAAGCUGCCGAACGGUAAGCCAUUGCCGACGCUCUUCGAGUUCACAGAGCUGGAGCUCUCCGCCAACCCGCGGCUGCUGUCUUACCUCAUGCCCUCGGGCGGUGGGGGGGUCGCAGGAUCGCAGGCUGGUAGCGGCGAGGCAGCGGGGGCCAGUUCUGCCGCUGCUACUGCAGCGGCGACGCCGGCGGGGGGAGGAGGAGACGGGAGCGAGUCGGGGCAGGGGGGGGGGCAGGCGUGA